AUUGCUGGCUGCUAUUGAAGAGAGUUCAGAUAAUACAGGUGGCAUUUAGUGUAAUUGUCGUAGUGCGCAUAUUGUUCAAGUGUCCUACAGAAUAACUGUCACUAAUAGCUUAACUUUAUGGUUUAUCUCAGAGAGUGUAUAUACUUUGAACAUAUAUGAUGAUGUGGUGUUUGCUCGGACUUUCAUUUCUUAUGUGUCACGUGAUCUACGCAGCGGACAUUGAUUACUUGAGAUCAACAAUUACCAAACACUUCUCAGAAAAUCGCCACCACGAAAUCAACAAUACUAACAAAGUGGCCUCCAAGGAAUUCAUAUACAAUGAGUUUAAAAGAUUCGGGCUUGAAACCUCAUAUCAUAACUUCAGUUACCCCGACAUAUCUAAAGUACCUUUUGCAAAUGUCGUUGGUAUUCUAAAGGGCACGAACUUUGGAAAGGUAAAUGAUAAGAUUAUCGGACUUGGUGCGCACUUUGACACUGUGCAACAUACUAAAGGAGUUGAUGAUAACGGUGCCGGUGUAGCUGCAAUGUUGGAAGUUGCUAAGCAACUGACAGGCCAAAACAAACAAGGAGUUACGCGCAAAAACACAAUUAUAUUUGUGUCUUUUGACUUAGAGGAAGAAGGUUAUAUAGGAAGCGAAGUUUUUAUCCAGCAUUGGCUGAAUCCAUGGCUUGACAAGAAUUAUGGUAAAGCGGCCCGGUCCAUAAAUCCGCAUGGAAUAAUUAUUUUGGAUACUAUAAUGGAAUAUAAUACAUCCAGUUAUUCUCAGAAAUUACCUAAUGGAGCAGAAGCUACUUUUCAUCAACUAUUUCCAAAGUCGUUCGAGAGUAUGAAGUCUGACAAUUUCCAAGGUGAUUUUCUAGCUAUGAUAUAUCGCAAAACAGUUGAUGACUCACUCUCAACUUCAAUGACAAAGUCCUGGGCAGCUGAGAAACGCACUCAGUUUGAAAUAGAAUCGUUUCCUUUACCAUUCGCAAAUGUAAGUGCCCUGAAUCAGACCUUGAUGAAUUCUUUUGGAAACUUCUUCCGCAGUGACCACAGAAACUUCUGGCGUGACAAUAUACCAGCGAUAUUUUUGACAGAUUCAGGAAAUUUCCGUGGAGAUAUGGUGGAAUGCUAUCACCAUCCUUGUGAUGAUCUAGCUACGAUGCUUACUGAUGAUAACAUUAACUUCCUUGGCAAGACAUCAGAUGCCAUUGUAAGAUCAAUCAAUGAAUUAUCAGAGCCAACCAAACCCGAUACAAGUGGAUGCAUCCGAGUAUCUGUAAGCCAUGCGAUUUCUGCUUUGAUGGUGCUGACCUUUUUUAUUUUAUAACACGAUUGUCCUGAUGUGAAAAAUAUAAGUGAUGAACUAGUUUGUCGAUGCAAAUGCAGCUUUUGGUGGUUGUCUGUUAAAGUAACAUUAUUAUAACUGUUAAAAGAAAUGACAAUUUUAUCUUUCCUGUCUGUAAACUAUGUAUAAUGGUAGAUUGUUUACUAAACUUUGAUUUGGAGUCUUUCGUUACAC